AUGCAAUUCGGCCACGAGCAAAAAUAUCGUAACGUGGUCGACACGACUAUGGUCGAUACGACUAUGGUCGAUACGACUAUGGUCGAUACGACUAUGGUCGACGCGACCGUGGUCGAUACGACUAUGGUCGACACGAGCACCGGCAAAUAUCGUCGAUGCACAACACACGCCUGCAGCCGGCGCUGUUUGCGCCCGAUAUCAGCGCCCGCCACUCGCCGCAACGCAAUCGUCAAACAUUUGCAUUCCGCUGAAAAAGUAAUACGAUUAUUAAUUUUGUCCCGAUUCAUCGAGCCCGACGGUUCGUUCCCGCUCAAUAAACGUCCGCCCGGUGAUUUACGAUAUUCUCUGUAUGCAAAACGUCCUGAAUUUAGUUUGCGCUGUCGAUUGGAAAAUGCUAAAAUACAAGUGCGACGCGCGACGCCGCCG